GAAAAAUAAAAAAAUCACAACCCUUUUCUUCAUCUUUCCUCAUAUCUCACAUAAAACCCCCUUAAAACUCUCCCAUUUCUCUCGCCUCCUUCUAUCUCUCACUUUCUCUCUCCUCCAUUUCCAAUUUUCAUUUCCAAAUUGUUCGUAAAAAUGAGGACCCAAAUGUUGAGAUCUAUGCAAUCUGCAGUUCGAAGGUGCAAUUACGCAGCACCUGCAUCUGCAUCUGCACCUCGCACUUUUACAUCAUCUUCAGGUCCUAAUCCUGAGCGCAAAGUUACAGUUUUAGGUGCAGCUGGUGGGAUCGGACAACCUCUUUCUAUGUUGAUGAAACUUAAUCCACUUGUAUCCACUCUUUCCCUCUACGAUCUUGCCGGUACUCCAGGUGUCGAUUGCAGCCAUGUCAACACCCGUGCUCAGGUCUUUGGUUAUGCUGGGGACAAUGACAUGGGAGAGGCACUAGAGGGAUCAGAUGUUGUUAUAAUUCCUGCUGGUGUUCCUAGGAAGCCUGGUAUGACCCGUGAUGAUCUCUUUAAUAUCAAUGCGGGUAUUGUGAAAAACCUCUGCAAUGCUGUUGCCAAGCACUGCCCUAAUGCUCUUGUCGCCAUGAUUAGCAACCCUGUGAAUUCAACAGUGCCUAUUGCCUCUGAGGUUUUCAAGAAAGCUGGAACAUAUGAUCCCAAGAGGUUGUUUGGUGUGACAACUUUGGAUGUGGUUAGAGCUAAGACUUUCUAUGCUUCAAAGGCUGGUGUGCCAGUUGAAGGGGUUAAUGUGCCUGUUGUUGGAGGACACGCUGGCAUAACCAUUCUACCAUUGUUUUCUCAGGCUGUCCCACAAGCCAAUCUCUCAGAACAAGACAUUGAAGCUCUUACAAAGAGAACACAAGAUGGAGGAACAGAGGUUGUGAAUGCAAAGGCUGGAAAGGGUUCAGCAACAUUGUCUAUGGCAUAUGCUGGAGCCAUUUUUGCAGAUGCCUGCUUAAAGGGACUCAAUGGUGUCCCAGAUGUUGUGGAGUGUACUUUUGUAGAGUCACAAGUCACAGAAUUACCGUUCUUUGCUUCUAAGGUGAGAUUGGGAAAGAAUGGAGUGGAAGAAAUCUAUGGAUUGGGAUCCUUGUCUAAAUAUGAGGAAGAAUGUCUGGACAAACUCAAGCCUGAGCUUUUAUCUUCCAUCCAAAAAGGGAUUGAGUUCGCCAACAAGAAUUAAGAUUUGUGAGAAUACGCCUCUUGCAUAGAGGUUAAUACAGGUUUUUAGGAAUUGAAGUAUUUCAGAUUUUAGCUAGUUCUGGCACUCUAAACCUUACAAUUUUGCUAAUUCCCAUGUUGUAUGAGUGGCGCUAUUUGAAAUUCUCUGAAAAUGCUCUGCCGUUUUUGGGUCGGCUGGAUUCAUAUGUUAAUAAAAUCUGUGAACCUUUCCGUUUGCUGGUUGCA